GUGCGCUGGUCGGGCGGCCCGACCGCUUGCGCUGCAACUUUGGGGAGAGGGCUGUCCGCGCAUCGCUCGCUUGGAUUUGCUUGUUCUCCUUUCCCUCCUAGCCAGCGGGCUGGCGUCACCCGAUGGCAGACGAUCAAAAUUCUGUCGAUCAAAACUCUGUCGGGGAGCAGGGAGCUGGGGAGUCAGCAAGUGAAGAUGCAAUUGAUGCUAAGCCAGAUCGGUCCUCCGUUGUGUCCUUAAUCCGGAGUAUGAAGAAGAAAAAUGACUCUGGGAAAUCCAACAAGACCACCCAGGAGCAAGAGCCUACAUAUCAGUAUAGCAUGAAUUUUAAGAAGGUGGGCAAAUGCAUCAUAAUAAACAACAAGAAAUUCGACGAAUCGACAGGUAUGUCCGUCCGGACCGGAACGGACAAAGAUGCCGGGUCCCUUUUCAAUACCUUCCGAGACCUGGGUUUCGACGUGGUGGUGUAUAACAACUCCUCUUGUGCCCAGAUGCAAGAAGUGCUGAAAAACGCCUCUAAGGAGGACCACAGUAAUGCAGCCUGCUUCGCCUGCGUCUUGUUGAGCCACGGAGAAGAAAACUCGAUUUACGGAACGGACGGCAAGAUGGACAUCAAGGACUUGACGAGCCUUUUUCGGGGGGAUAGAUGCACUACUCUGAUAGGGAAACCCAAACUCUUCUUCAUCCAGGCGUGCCGAGGGACAGAGUUCGAUGACGGGAUCCAGGCCGACUCGGGGCCUAUCGGUGACACAGAUGCCAGCCCUCGACAGAAGAUCCCCGUCGAGGCCGACUUUCUCUUCGCCUAUUCCACAGUGCCAGGCUAUUUCUCGUGGAGGAACCCAGGAUAUGGCUCCUGGUUUGUGCAGGCCCUCUGCGCCACCCUGAACGAGCAUGGGAGAAGCCUGGACCUCUUGCAGAUCCUGACCAGGGUGAACUACAAGGUGGCCAGGAACUUCGAGUCUUGGUCCAACGACCCGCAAUUCCACGAGAAGAAGCAGAUCCCGUGUGUGGUCUCCAUGCUCACCAAGGACCUCUACUUCCCUAAGUAGCUUUGCCCACGGGUGCCGUGUAGCUGGAAAGCAAUGGAUCCUUUAUUGAUGAAUCUGAUCUUUUUUUUUAUGCUCUUUAAAUUUUCAUAAAUUCUAAAGGAUUUUUCUUUCAGGAAAAUUUCUUGGUUAAUUGGGAAAAGGGUGCUAUCUUAUUUUCACAAUGUUAUCUACACGACGACUUUGUCAUUUCCUCUUAAUAUUCUGGGUUUUGGGGGUUUUUUUUGGUUUGUACUUUUCCUCUGGUUGUCACACGUAGCACAUACAACAACAAUUACCUCUGCAGGUGACUCUUGGCGGUGUCCACUGUGGGCGGGGGUGCCUUUGAUGGACACUUAGAGUCAUGUUGGUACCUCUCAACGAGUCCCAGUGCUUGACAAAACACAGCUAAGGGGGUGGUCUUCCCGAUAUUGCGGGAGGUCUCCCCAAGAGCUGGAACCAUGGUGGGGGGCUGCCUGGUGGGAGCCAGCACCCCCAAGGAGAGAGGAGUUAUGGAAAAUGGAGUCCUGGCAGGGACAAGCCCACUGCCUGAGAUGGGGCAACACCAGAUGAGUCAGACAUGGAGAAGUACCCUGGCUUCACCUCUUCUGCCCUCCGAGUCUUCCUCCGGCACUUACCCUUCCAGGCCCACGUGGAAGCCAGUUGACAAGGGGGCUGGGAAGUGUAUUUCCCUGUAAUACAGCAGAGGAAGGGACAGUGAAUGGGGCGGGGGAGGAACAAGGAGUGGAUGUAAGCUGCCCAUAAUGUGAAUAGAAGUAAUUAUAUUUCCUGAUGUUUAGCGAUUCCUCCAUUCAGUCUUUUAUUCAUUCAGUUGUCAGAUAAUCUAUGUAUCACCUGCUAUGUGAAAACAAAUCUGUUUUAGCUCUAAUAAAUACCUGAAACUUUUCAGAUGAUUCCCAGCC